GGCACUUCCUGUUUUCUGUGGCAGCCCAAACUUAAUUCAGAAUGAGGGACCUUGAACAUCAGGCUUCCAGCGAUUUGACCAAAAACCUCAGUCAACCCCCAACCUUAGCCAUCUUGACUCUACUAUUGAUCUCUCCAACCUGCAAGUCACAUUCACUCUCUUUGUUACAGCUCCUUGCUCUAUACCCCGAUGCUACAGUYUGUGAAAUGACGAGUGCAGGGACCUCUUCCUUCUCUCUGGCUCGUAUCUUUUAGCAACCCUGAGGUCUGCGACGAGGUCCUAAGAAUUCUGACGAGCAUUUCCCAGAGCUUAACCUUCCAUCCUUACUCCAAGCUGUGCUGUUCCUCUAAUGUGGUGGUGAACAUCUUGCCGAGGCUGCUUCAGGCCCUGUGGCCCUACCAGAUGAAAGGCCCCUGUGACUGGCCCUGAGUGAUCUGGCUGUCACCAUGGUGAAGGCAGUGGUGGAGAACUUCUAACAGGUCUGAAGGCCCCUCCUGCACCUCAGGUCUAUUACUCCCGUUCCACUGGUGUCAGGAUGGUCCACUCACUCAACCAUACGAUCCAGCGCCUAGGCAGCCCAGAGAACCUGAAGAGGACUCUUUUCAUCCAAAGUCUCUCUCUGAUCAGCACCGACAUUGAAGCUGUGACCACUYAAGUCCAGAGACUGUUUGAAGCGCCCACUGAUUAUAUUACAUUCAGCUCUAUUCAUGGUUGGUUAUCAGAGGCCAAAGCAGUGGCCAAUUGGAACGAGGUUCCUCCAAAGUGCCCUGACCAGCUGGUGAUCCCAUCAGAGCUCCUGAGGACCAGCUUUGGUCUGACAACCAUCCUAAUCUAUGGUGGGACACUGGAGAAAGGCAUCAUCAACCUUCAUGACCGGCCCCUCACAGAUGACAUCAUCAACCAGRUUUUGCUGUGUGGGGGGUCAGUUAUGAAGAAGCGGAAAGCCAACUGGCAUCUGGGCUGGGACCAGAUCCUUGAGAUGACAAACAUCCAUACCGACCUUCACUAUGGUGGCACAGAGAAGAUCUUAAAGUUUGCCACAARUUACAGCACCACCAUGCUAACGAGGCACAUGGUUCAUCUUGUGGUUGAAGAAAUUAAGAAGGCCAAGGACUCUUCGAACAACAAAAUAGUUGGUAAUGAUGAAUACCAUGGAGGUGAGCUUGGUCAUGUWCACUGUAUGUAUGCCCGGCACUGCGCCCUCCACCAGGCUUUGCCUCCGGCACAGGCRGUUCUGAAGCAAAUUGUCGUCCGAUUCCUGGAGAAGCUCUCUCCUCCUGCACCAAACGACAAAGUGUCAACGUCCUUCCCUUUGGCCAAGCAGUUCUGCACGCUGGUUCAGACAGUCAUUGACAGAUCCCACAGUCAUUSACAGAUCCACAGAGCUGGAGAAGUGUACUGACUCUGACAGUAAGAGCUACUGGGAGUACCUGAAGUGUGUUAACUAUCACKCACCCCAGUGGUCUGGGGAUUGAAGCCUUCUCUGGGGAUGAGGAGAGAUGUUUAAUGGUGGCCAACAUGAUGGUCGAGAAACGUCUGGCUGACAUCGAGCCCCAGCUGUGACACUACGAUCUGAACCCAACCAGUAAGAGACAGAAGGAGAUCAAGGUGAUUGAAUCGAACACCAGCUCCAAAGACCAUUGAGUCUGUUGUGCGCGUGAAUACUCCUGUGUCAACUAACCUGCUGACAACACCACCUGAGACUCCUGGGUCAACUCCACUGAGCACGGCCUCUAUACACUGAGAAAUGGAUGAGGUAACAGCU